AUGUUUCACAAAAGCUCGUUUUCUCCUAUAACAAAAGUUUUCACUACUGUUAAUUUGCCUGAUAGAACAAAAAAAUUGGUUAAUCAUGAAGAACAUACAAAUAAAAGAUCUUUUAAAAAGAAUAUCAAUUGGGAUGAAAUUUUUAAUUUAAAGGGGAAAGACACUUUUGGAUUAACAGGGAAACCAAUCAAAAUUGCAUAUGAUGGAGUUCAAGGCCUGAUGGCAAUAGCCACAGAUAACAGUAAAUUGCAUGUUUAUGGACAAAGACAGAUUGAUUUUGUCUUCACCCUAACGAAAAAUACUAUAAUAAAGUAUAUGGCUUUUGUAAUGAAUAAAUUCAUUUUUUUGGUCGAUAGUUUAAAUAGAUUGAUCACUCUUUCUUUGGAAUCAAAAGAAUUGUAUAAAAUGAGAGUACAACCCUUCUCAAUCACCUGUAUUGAAACUGAUCCGGUAGUUUCAUGGGUUCUUCUGGGAUUGGCAGAUGGUACUAUACUGGUUUAUGAUGUCGUGGAAGAUAGGAUCUCCAAUUACAUGAUAAAUAAUUUGCAAAAAUUGGCAAAUUUUGAGGAUUCUAAUGAAAAUUCAGAAGUUGUUUGUAUUAAAUGGAAUCCUAAAGAUUUAGGUACUGUACUCAUAUCAUAUAAGAAACUUACCGUGUUAUAUUCACUAACUGAACAAUCAGUAAAACAGACUUUUGUCUAUCAAGUCCCACAAAAUGUGCCAGGCAGUAAUAAUUCAUCUAACCCAAAAAGAGUAAGAAGAGGACCCUCUGUUAUCCAAUCACUGUUUCAUCCAAACUCACUCUUUGUACUCACAAUACAUGAUGAUAACUCUCUUGUGUUUUGGGAUGUUAAUACAGGGAAAUUGAUUCAAGCAAGAACUCUAUUUGAUGAAGAUAUUAAUGUCCCAAGAUCACCACAACAACAAUCAACGACACAGGAGCAUGCGUCGCCAAACCUCAAAGCCUUGUGGGUCUGUCAAAGUAAACCUGAAUACACAACUUUGUUCAUCUCUGAUAGUUCGUCGUAUCCUGAUAUAAAUAUUCAAAGCAUUAUCAUGAUCAAUUUUGGUAGAACCCCUUUUUAUUCCUUGACUUCUUAUGAAAGCAUAAGUCACUAUUUCUCAAGAACCACUCAACAAACACUAUUACCCAUACAAAGUCAAUUUCCAAUAAAGGAACUCGUAUCAAUUGCUACAGAAACCCCCUUCUAUGCCGGUAACCAUAACCCUGAGAUGAUUUUAGUACUUUUGCAAAAUGGUGAAAUUGAGGCAUUAUCCUAUCCUAAGACUCACUUUGUUAAUGAAGGUCCUUUAUUUCCUUAUGGUAUUAGUUGGAUUUGGCCGCAGACCACCAUCGUGAAGGCUGUGGAUAUAGAUGAAAAUACUUGGCAAAAUUUGAGCAGUGUCACUACGCAAUCGUUGGGAAUUCUAGAAGGUGGUCGCUUAGUAUCUAGUUCUGAUUCAAGUAAGUGUCAAACUAACGAUUACACAUUACUAAUUACCGGUCAUUCAAAUGGAAUUGUUCGAAUAUGGAACACAAAUUCUUCCCAAUAUGAUUGUAAGACAUUAUUCGAAAUGAAUACUUCUAGGAUAUUGAAUAUUGGUAUUAAAACUGCAAUUAAACAUAUCUCAUUUUCGCCUAAAAAUUUAGAGAUGGCAUCAGCUACAGAAAAUGGUGAUAUAGUUUUUUACAGAUUUGAGGCAAAUCAAUAUUAUAGUGGACAAAAAUUAACGAUGGAUCAAGACAUGAUUACAAAAUUCAGAAGGUUUUCCUUAAGUGCUGUUGAUUCAUUUCUGGUUGACGUGAGAGAGAGAGCUUCGCCACGAAAAAAAUAUGGGUUUAUGCCGCAGUUUGCUAUCCAUACCAGGCAUGGACCGGUCACCUCAUUGUAUCUAAGUUCAUUAAAUAUUCUGGUAGCUGCUUAUCAUGAUGGAUACCUGGUAGUUAUAAAUCUAAUUACUGAAACAAUUAUUUAUAAUAAAAACAUCAAUGAUAUAUUUUUAUCACAAAGUAAUUAUGUGUCCUCAAUCAAUAUAUCUAUUAUGACAUAUGCUGACGAAGAUUAUUUGAGCACUCUGUUGAUUUGUGGUACAGACUUAGGGCAAAUGAUGAUCUUUAAAAUUGUACCAGAUGAUGUAGAUGAACUCAAAGUGACAUUUAUGAAAACUACUAGUAUGUUGGUGCAUAAUAAAAUAGAAGAUAUCCAAAUCUUCGUUAAUGAAAGUUUCAAUUCACACAAGGACGAAUCAACAAUAGAAUUGCGUAAAUGUAAUACCAAGGGGAAAAUUAUAUUGAUCAGUUGUCGAGAGGUAUGUAUAGUUUGUCCUGGUAAAGAACGAAAACGACUUUUUACUAAGUACUUUAACAAUUCAAUAAUUUCGGGUCAACUCUGUUCCAAUAUGCCAAUACCAUUAAAAAAGAAUAAUUCUUUCUUCAUAACCCUUAGCUUGAAUAAGGAAAUCAGGAUAUUUAGUUUACCCGAUUUUUCACAAGUAUCUAAGCUGGCUUUACCUGGAUAUAUUUCCCAGGUUUUGAGUGGAUGUAUCACCGAAAAGGGUAAUAUUUUGGUUAAAGAUGAUACUUAUCAUUCAGUACUACUUUCUUUUUUUAGUAAUGGAGGGGAUUCUUCAAAAAUUGGUAUGGAUAAUAUGGUGUUAUACAAUCCCAACCAUGAGCAUUUUAGUCGUCCUCAGGUAAAUUCUUUACAAUGGAUGAGAGGUACUCAUCAUGUGACAUUGAAUGAGCUUAAUAAGGUUUUUUCCACUGAUCUAUAUCAUGAUUACUAUAAUCCAAGAUUGCUUAAGAAGUUUGAGGAAGCAAAUUAUAAGCUGGGUAAUCAUAUGGUUCAGGAUGUUAAAACAACUACAAUGCCAGUGCAAAUUCCAAGAAGUAAAAGUUUAUUUAGAACUGCCUCAAAGAAAGUGGGGCAUAAAUUUGAAGAAAAACUUGAUGGUGUUUUAACACCAGUAGAAGACAAAUUCAAUACUGGCAUAAAAAAUACCCGUAGAAAUGUCUUUAAGACAGCAUUUUAG